AUGGAGCAAAACCUCCAAGACGCCGCAUGUUCUGGUUGCGAGGCCUGUCUCUGGGGAGCCACGCUGUGUUCGCCCACCCGAGGGCCUCCUUCUGAAGAGGCGCCGUCGCAAACGGAUAUGGCAGACACGGAUGAUCCCGCGACACCGGAGGCUUUCUUCACCGCUACUCCAGGAUAUAAGAGCCACUUGGAGACCCCCGGACGUCUUAACCCAGACACAGAAUACGGAAGGACUCUGCAGGGGCAAAAGCUACUAGUAGCGAAAGAAGUAGAGCUCAACUGGUCAGGACGAGGCCAGCACGUCGAGUUCAAGGAGAACGAAUAUAUUCCUCUAGAAGUCGAGAAGACAAUUGGGUAUUCGGCCACUGCAUUGAUCGAAUCAUGGAUCCAGAAACUACGAAGCAAAGUGUUGCUACCCGACAAGGAUGUAUUUGGGUUCCAAUGGGAUCCGCUACCGCCGCCAAGCUUGCUUCUAGAUCUCUUAGGCGAUAUGAUUGCGGAGGAUCCAAAAAACCGACCGACAGCCGUAGAAGUUGCCACUCGCCUAGAGUCCGUACCGAGUCAAACGUAUCGUGUGGCUGAGGAGGAUGAGAUUCAUGAGGCCUUCAAAUUUAGUAAUUACAUUGAGCCGGUCCGCUGA